AUGAAAACUAAACCCAUAUUAAAUAGUUUUAUUGAUUCGGCAUCAGCUAUUCGUUCAUUACUUAUACGUUAUGAUCCUAUGCAUUUAUCACAAAAUAUUUUAAUCAAAUAUUUACAAACUAUUAAAAAAUUAGUAAAUGAUCAUUGGAAUAAUCAUGCUAUUCAAUAUUAUAUGAAAACAAUGCGUUCGAAAGUCAACUAUUUACCAAAUAAUUUAAAAUUUAUUGCAUAUAAUAACGGUAUUAUUGGUGAAAAUAAUAUCGAACAAAUAUCAAAUAUAUUAUUAAAUGCACAAUGGUUAGUUAUUGAUUAUCGUACCAAGUAUAAUCCAGCGCGAACUUAUACACCUGGUGAUUCUUGUGGUAUUGAUGGUAAUUAUAUGACAAUUUAUUCUAUUGAAAGUUCAGAUGGCUAUCAAUUAAUUCAAUUGCAAUCUAUUACUGAAUUAAAAUUACAGAAUUUACGUCGUUUAGCUUUGGCUGGUAAAUGUCAAUAUCAAAUUAUUGAUUCAAUAUUAAACAAUUAG